UUCCUUGACUGGGCUUGUUAAUACUGAGAUUUAUUAAGUUGGAAAGGUGGCGCGGCGUUUUUUAUGGCAUUUCUCCAUGGCUGCACUUUACGGCCCUCUGGUGGAGAGACUGGUAAUCGGGGCGGAGGAAGCGGCUGAUUAAUCCCGGACGGAAAGCUUCGCAGCGCUGGGCGGCUGAGCGUCGCCCCGGGAUCCGAUUCAGCCCGGGUCGGCUCAACCAAACACAAUAACAAACAAACUAAUAAUAAUAGUAUUAAUUAAUAUUAGAAUAAAACUCUGCAGACAAGCUUCUCUAGGCCAUCGUGAUGUCACUCUAAAAGGUCACCUUUUUAAAUGUCCUGGGAAGCUUGGGAGAACAGAACUACAGUUCUGCAUCUGAAAGAGGAGGAAGAAGAGGAGUGCUUCAGUGUGAAGUCCAAAAUGGAUGGUGAUGUGGAGAAUCAGGUGGAGGUGGAGGAGAAAACACGGCUCAUCAACCAGGUCUUGGAGCUUCAGCACACUCUGGAAGACCUCUCUGCACGGGUGGAUGCAGUGAAGGAGGAGAACCUGAAGCUGAAGUCUGAGAACCAGGUGCUGGGACAGUACAUCGAGAACCUCAUGUCGGCCUCCAGCGUCUUCCAAACCACCGAUACGAAGGGCAAACGAAAGUGAGGUGCUGUGCCCCUUACCUACAGCCCCCUCUGGCAACACGGCCAUGUUUACACUGUCAGUACCUUAAACAAGACGCCCUUGAAGCUCUGUCGGUUGUUCUAAGGUUCGGUCGGGAAGCUUUCCUGCUUUUUUUUUUUUUUGUUUUGGUUUGAUCUGCGAGUUGCGCUUUUGGAGAACGCUUUUUUAAUAAGGCAUUCAGCUUAUGAACCUGACAGGAAUAAGCUUCGAUUAUAGUGUUUUACUGGCUGAUAUUUUAUGAACAUUGGUUAUUUCCAGAAUGUUGAAAGGGCCUCCUUCGACAAUGGGCAAAUUUAUACAAGGGAAAAAAAAACCACAUUUCAUAUCAGGAAGCCAGUCUAUUCUGCCUUAACUAUUAUUAGUUAACUAGUAUUGUUUCACUCAACUGUAAAGUUUCACUGUAUUGUAGCAUCAUAUAUGCAGUGCAUUUUUCAAAUACACCCUCUUAAUAAGUGUUACUGACUUAAUGAGAAGAAGCACAGACACAACAUGAGUAAGCACCUUUGUUUUAUAAUAUUCCCUCCCUUGGUCAAUGGCUCUGGAAGGUAUAUAAAGUGACUUAGGUUAAGAGUGCCAGUGUUAGCCUCAUGUAAGCGGACAUGCAGCAGAGCUUGCACAGGAAACCCGAAUCACGUCUGUGGACAAGACAGUAGAAAUGAGCUUGUAAAACUCUGAUAGCACAAUGUGUGUAAUUAUGGGGAAGUAUCACAUCAGUGAAGCACAUUAGACCUCAGCAGAGAGGAGUCUGGACUGGAACAGGAUUUUGGUUACGUUUUAUUCUAAGUGCAGUACAUCAAGGACUUGGGCUGUUUCCUGUCCUGCCUCUGCUCACAGAUACCUACAGACGAACUGAACUAACAUAUGGGACUAACAGUCUGGGGUAGUGCUGUGUAUUCCUCAUUUCCGAUUGCUAUUGUUUGAUCGAGUGAUCAUGGAUCCGUUGCUCAUGUAUUCUGCAGGGCAUCUCUUAAACAAUGAAUUUUUUUAAAGAAAGUUUAACCUUUUUCUGGCGAGCUCUGGUUUGUUCCUGAUGAGGUAAAACAGCCUUUUUGGAAAAGGGAAUUGUGCGAUAGUUUGUGCCAUUUUGUGUAGAUCUAAUUUAUUUCAUAUAUUGAACAUUUUUUUUAUUAUUUGCUUAAUUUACACAUGUAGCAUUUACUAACAUCGUAAUGCCUUGCUUUCUGUACAGUUGUAUUCCAUUUUGGUAUUUUGUUUUAUUAAAAAAAAAAUUUUUCCUUUUGUGCCAGCUGGAAUCGUGUUUUAAUCGUCGACAUUAUAUCCAAUGCAUUAAAUAAACAAAAAAUGAAAAGAUAAA